AUGGGGAAACAUAACAGUAAACUGGCUCCAGAAGUCCUGGACGACCUGACCAAGAGCACGGAGUUCAAUGAGGCCGAGCUGAAGCAGUGGUACAAGGGCUUCCUCAAAGACUGUCCCUCCGGCAUCCUGAACCUGGACGAGUUUCAGCAGCUUUAUGUCAAGUUUUUCCCAUACGGCGAUGCCACAAAGUUUGCACAGCAUGCAUUUCGGACGUUUGAUAAGAACGGCGACGGCACCAUUGACUUCAGAGAGUUCAUCUGCGCCCUGUCCGUCACCUCCAGAGGUACCUUCGAACAGAAGCUCAACUGGGCCUUCAACAUGUACGACCUGGACGGAGACGGAAAGAUCACACGCAUGGAGAUGUUGGAGAUCAUCGAGGCCAUUUACAAGAUGGUGGGCACAGUGAUCAUGAUGCGCAUGAACGAUGACGGACUGACCCCACAGCAGCGCGUGGACAAGAUCUUCUCCAGGAUGGACAGAGACAACGACAACGAGAUCACGCUGGAGGAGUUCAAAGAGGCGGCGAAGGCAGACCCCUCCAUCGUCCUACUGCUCCAGUGCGAGAUGCAGAAGUAA